AUGUCUACUAGAAAUUCAUUUGAUGAUCACAUCAACAAAGAUGAUGACGGUACAAAGAAAAAUAAUGAGAAAAAUAAUAGUGGCAUCAAUGAAGAUUUAGGUUCGAAUUUUUCCGAUUCAGAAGGUAGUGAAUAUGAAGUAGAAAAGAUACUUGAUAAACGAAGACGUAAUGGCAAAUUAGAAUAUUUAUUAAAAUGGUUGGGAUAUGAUGAUUCUGAAAAUAAAUGGGUGAGAGCAGAAGAUUUGAAUUGUCCAGAACUAAUCGCUCAGUUUGAAUUUGAAACAGAAAAGGAACGACGGAAAAAUUAUACGAAACGAACGGUAAAAAGAAAAUCAAAACAUCGCUCACAUAAACGUCCAGCAAAGAAGCAAAAGACGAAAAUUAUAGACGAUGAAGCUGAAGAGUACUCUAAUUCAAAUAUGAGCACAUCAAUAUCAUCAACGACGGUCGGAACAAUAAUAAAGCCUUCAACAAGUGUCUUAAAAAAAGUAAAUAAAACAGAAAAGGAGGUACAAGAACAAUUAUCCUCAGAUGUCCGUCCAACUAAACACCGUUAUGGUGUCGAACAAGGUUAUGUGGUUCAAGCUGUAUUAGGCGUAAACAGAAAUGAAACUAAACUAAACUAUGUUGUUCAUUACAUGCCUAAUACUCCAAUUGAAGAUAAUAUGGAAUUGUUACCAUCGCAUGUUGCGAGUAAGUAUUGUCCGGAACAACUUAUUCAGUUUUUUCAAACGCGUAUCCGUUGGAACAAUCAUCCUCUUACUACGUGA